AUGGCCCAGAACCACGAAGACAUGGCCGCUGAGCUCCACGAGACGUUAGGUGAACGUCUACCACAUAAGGAGACAACUGACCUUGCGGGCGGUUACAUCGUGGCAACCGACGCCGAGAAGAGGCCAGUAUCUCCCAUCAACGGAGAUACGGAAUCAGGCCCGACUCCUGAUGGCGCUGAGCCCAACGAGUAUGAGAAGAGCUCACUCCGCCGUAUCGGGGAGAACCUUCCCGCCUCAGCCUACCUCAUUGCUGUCGUCGAGCUCACUGAGCGUUUUACCUACUAUGGCGCUCAGGGCUUGUUCCAGAACUACAUCAGUAACGACGCAAAUGGAGCCGAUGGCCCCAAAGGCCUUGGAAUGGGACACCAGGCCGCAACUGGGCUGAAUCUGUUCUUCCAAUGGUUCUGCUAUGUUACGCCAAUCUUGGGUGCCAUUAUUGCUGAUCAAUACCUCGGCAAAUACAAGACCAUCUUGGUUUUCUGUGCUUUCUACUGGGUUGGUUUGGCAAUCCUUUGGACUACGUCUUUGCCAGUGGCCCUUGAGAAUGGUGCUGGCAAGGCUGGCUACAUUGUCGCCAUCAUCGUAAUUGGUCUCGGUACUGGAGGCAUCAAGUCCAACAUCGCCCCCUUGAUUGCCGAUCAGUACCAGCGUCGUGUCAUGGCUGUCAAGACGGAAUCCAACGGCGAGCGUGUCAUCAUCGACCCCGCCAUCACGUACCAGCGCAUCUACAUGAUCUUUUACUGGUGCAUUAACCUGGGAUCUCUGUCACUCAUGGCCACCCCCUUCAUGGAGAAGUACAAGGGCUUCUGGACUGCGUACCUGAUGUGUUUCUGCGUCUUCAACAUUGGUAUCGCGACGCUGGUGCUCCGCCGCAAGAGCUUUGUCAACCGUCCUCCUCAGGGAUCCGUUAUCACCGAUGCGUUCAAGGCGCUUGGUAUGAUGAUUGUAGCCCGCAACAUGGAUGCCGCCAAGCCCUCAUGGCGUGCUGCCAACGGCAACGAGAAGCCUGUUCCGUGGAAUGACCAUUUUGUCGAUGAGCUUAAGCGUGCUCUCAGGGCCUGCAAGGUCUUUGUAUUCUAUCCUAUUUUCUGGGUUUGCUACGGCCAGUUCUCGACGAACUUCGUCACCCAGGCCGGACAAAUGGAGGGGCACGGCAUGCCGAAUGAUUUUAUGCAGAACUUCGACCCCAUCUCGAUUUUGAUCUUCACUCCGAUCCUCGAAAAGGUCGUCUACCCGCUUCUGCGCAAGUUUGGCAUCGAGCUCAAGCCCAUUAUGCGCAUCACCAUUGGUUUCUGGCUUGCAGCCCUUUGCCUUGCCUACGCAGCCAUCGUUCAGCAUCUCAUCUACAACGCUGGCCCUUGCUUCGAAUCUCCUGGAAACUGCCCCGAGGGCAUGAGCGGAGGUUCCUCGCUACCCAAUCGCGUCCACAUCGCCGUCCAGACGCCUGCCUAUAUCUUCAUUGGAUUAUCUGAGAUUUUUAUCUCAGUCACAGGUCUUGAGUAUGCAUACACCAAGGCCCCUCCGAACAUGAAGUCCUUUGUUCAGAGUAUUUAUCUCUUCACCAAUGCCUUUGGUUCGGCCAUCUCUGAGGCUCUGGUCUCAGUUGCCGUCGAUCCCAAAUUCCUGUGGUUGUAUACCGGUGUGUCCUGCUCCUCGUUCGUGAUUGGGUUUAUUUUCUACUUCACUUUCCGUCACUAUGACGCCGAAGAGGACAAGAUGUACGAGUUAGAUCGCGAUCAACCUGUGGCGAAUAGCGAGGGCUUCAAGCAAGUUGCUCACGAGGACUAG